UGGGCCAGGGCUUGGGCAAGUCGCUGCAGGGUAAGUGCUGCUGUGGGCUCUCACAGACACCUCUGCUGUCCGUUCCUACAUGAUUUGCUCUCCGCGUCGCUGUGUCCAAACAGAGGCACUGCUGUGUUUCUCCCGGGGAAGCGGUGCGGGUCGGACGUGUGCGUGGUGCUGCAGGGACUGCACACAGCACUGCGGGCAGCCGGCUGUGCUCUGCGGCUCCUGAGCGUGUGGGGCAGCACUGGGGCCGUGUGGGGCUGCGUGGGGCCGUGUGGGGCUGCGUGGGGCUCUGUGCCCACAGCCUGCUGGCAGCCGGGGCCGCCCGGCUCCUCGCUGUCCCCUUAGCUGUAGUCUGAAGAGCUGGCGGGCUGUGAGCGGUCCUGCUGCCCCCGUGGCCCUGUAGAGCUGUGUCUGUGCUGUGUGGGACUGUUGGAGAAGUGAGGGGCUCUCUGUGCCAUGGAAAUGUGGUGAGCUCUCCAUCUGAGGCACUCUGACUUCUCAGACAGGGCUGCACUGGUGGUUAAUGCUUUUCGCUGCCCCUAAUCGGGUUCCAUUUGGAGUUCUGCAGUUAAUGCAUGGCCUUCUUAUUGUCCCUGUGCCUUGUGCCAGUGCCCAGGGGCUGUAGCUGUCGCCCCUCAGCGUUCUGCUGUGGCACGGCGUUGGCUGGGUGCAAUCCUCAGCCUGCCUCCUCCUCUGGGUGUCUCUUUGUCCCUCUGUGUGGGAGCAGUGAGCCGAGGGAAGGCUGGGCCCAGCACACCUGCAUGAGGCCACGGCCACGGGGCUGCCGGCAACGUGGGGGGCGAGAGGCAGCUGUGGGGACUUGCUGCUGUGCCCUUCUGCUUGACAGCAUAGAGUGGGCUGUGUUGAAAGGGCCCCGUGGGUCGUGGAGUGCCACCCCUGCUGCACCAGGAGGAGCUCCCUGCUGGCGGUGAGCAGCAUGCAGCACUGCAGGGCACUGCUCUGCGGGUGUUUCAUUCAUUGUCCUGUGGCUUUUCUACCUGAAUCAUCUCCAAGCCCAUCUACAAACUGAAGAAAGGAAGCAGCGGCAUCCAGUUUGAGCCAUGCUCUGGGAGUCUGAGGAGUGAGGGCACUUGGUGUGCACUGAGGACGGGAGAGCAGAACAGACAGAUCUUCCUACUUUCACGUUCCAUUCAUCAGAACAUCCAAUGGAGAUUUCUAAAGAGGUUGAGGAGAGAACACAGAGCUGCUGUGCUGUGAGCGCUGUGCUGGAGCCUGAAGGAUGUCUGACACCGCAGAGCUCAGAGCACUUUGGAGUACUGUUCACCAUGCAGACAUUACCUGGCGCCCUGCAUUCGGCAGCAGAAGGGCUUUGCAGCCAGGCCUCGGAGCUGAGCUUGGUUUGCAUACACUGAGAUCACCCUCACCUUAUUUCCACGUGGCAGACCUGAACGAAGCAGGCGCUGACUUCCACCGUCACGGAGCCGUUCCGCCAAGCCGGGGCUCCCUGCCUAAUUUCAGUGCCCCUGGAGGUGGCACUGCAGGGCCGUGCGUCAGCAGCCAGGGGUUGUGCACCCACAGCAGGGGUGGCUGCAGGGGGGGCAGCUGUGGGAGAGGCCCGCUGGUUUUCUUCCAUCGCCGCAGGGAGCACUGAGCAGAGGAGCUGUGCUUGGCAGAGGUGGGCCCCGUCCCUUCCAAAGCCCUCUCUCGGGGAGCUGUUCGCUCUGCCCCCCUUCAGACCUCACCCAGCCCCUCUGUGGUUACUCAGCCCACCUGUGGGGUCUUUGGGCUGUAUCACAGAGGUGAGCCACAUCUUGGUGCUUUCUGUGACCACGUGGGCUGCUGAGGUCGGUCACAGCAGGGCUGGUUUGGCAGCCGCAGCCCAGAGGAACGCUCAGGGUUCACAUUCCAGAGGUGUCGAGUGCUGGCUCCGUCAGCAGCUCCCCAAAUGGCCGGCAGCUCAUCCAUCCCUGUGUUUUUCCAUUUGGUAAACCCUCUGAUCUCACAAAGGAGAUGUUUGUGAGGCCCUGGGAACACAGAACAAUGCGCAUCCGAGAAAAACAGCGCGAGGAAAUGAGGAAUUCUGGAUUCCUUUCGGGGGUUUGGAGCUCUGUGAGAGGAUGGAAGAAAAGGAGAAGAAUUGGCAGCGCCGUUAGUCACGUUAUGAUCCUGGACUUGUUGUGGUGAUGGUAAACUUAGCAGUGGUAAUUUUUAAUUUUCAGACUGAAUUACUCCUUUUGUCAUCAGUGCACCAAUAUGUUAGGCUUACUUUCUCUGUUGUAGCCAUCAUCCUUCUGCUUGGUCUUUCAUUUUCCUUUCCUUUCUUUAUGCACACUUGUCUGAUCCUCGUUCAUUCAAGGGUAUUGCUAAGAAGGGACGUUUCUGUUUGUGUUAGAACUGCCAAAAUCAGUUUAAACGUCAAUUUCUAAUACUGUCCAAACUUGAUUUUCCCCACUGUGGGCACCAGCACUUGCUACUGCAAUUUACAAAGAGAUCUGGAAAACCUCUGCCUGCCUUAGAAGGCGAAAGCACCGCCGCUGUUUGUGCGCGGGGCUUUUCGAGGCGGCACCCGAGCUCUCCGUUGCUGGAGAACUGAACCCAAAUCCGAACCAAAACGAAGCUGAGCUGCAGAAUGGUCGGCACACGUGGCCAGCCGUGCUGCUCGGGUUUGCCAGCCCUGCCUGAGACGUUACGAAAGUGAUGCUGCGCUUAGGAAGCCAUUUUUAUAACCUGUCUUUAAUUUGGUCCUUUUGCUAAAAAUUGCAGUCACUGCUUCCUUUAUUAUACCAUUGGGCGAAAGAGAAACCAUUCCAAAGAGGAACGGCAUUCAAACAGCCAAAGGCAAACGUGAUCCCAAAGAGCCACUUUGCAUCGGCGCGAUGGCCGUGGUCGGAAUUGUGGCCACGUGCCCACGGGCGCACCUAAAAGCAGUGCAGCCGCGGAGCAGAGCCGUGUGCCUGCCUGAGGCAGAGCCGUGCUGCUCGCUCCACAGCCCAGCAGUUGUUGUGCUGUGGCCCUGGAGGAGCGCUCUGCAUCCAUCCCAGCGACCUCAGCCCUCAGUGCCCUGCGUCGCAGCGUCGCUUUGGCCUGGCAAGGCCUGCGCAUCUCAGAGCCCAAAGGUAUAAUUGUGUUGUAUGUGUGUAUAACAAAGCAGGUGUUUACGCCGACCCCAGAGCCAUGACCAGGGCUGUAAACAUUCUGUUUUCUCACUCAGGGUGUGCGCCGGAGAAGGUAAGUGCUGUUCCAGCGGGUUUACAUCGCAACCGACAGCGCGGGUUGUGAUGUAACGUGUAACAAAAACAUCCAAAACAGACAAAAACCAAAACGAAACUAAAAAGCUGUGGUAGUAAAGUGCUUGCGUGCCCCAUUUUGCUUUGUUUGGCUGGUUAUGAGUGGAUUAAAGAUACGUUGAAAAAAAAAAAAAUAAUACAAACCAAACCCCAACAAAAUCUCCAGCGUAGUUUGAUUAGUUCCAAGUCAAUUCUCUUCGCUAGCAGUCCUUUUCACAGCUUGCAGCCGCACAGCCCUGCGGCCCCGUGGGGAGGGCUGGGGGUGGGGUGGGGGGGUUCUGUGCUCCCGAGCAGCAGUCAGGUCUGUGAGCUGUGUGUGGGAGCGCAGGGGGCUCAUUGGCGGGUCCUGGCAGCAGCACACACCGCGACGUGCUGCAGUCGGGUGCUGAGCACUGGGUGGUUUCUCAGCGCCGUCGGAAGGCGCGAGGCUGCGCCAGGCUGGGGCCGGGAGGCACGGCUGGCUGCAAGCUGUGGGAAUGGCUCGUGUUUGGUUCACUGUAGCUUUCUGGUCUCUGCACUCCAAGGCAAGAUCUCUAACCACCCAAACCCAAUGUGUCGAGCGAGCCGCGGGCACGGCGCAGCCCCUGACCGCCUCUGUGUGUUCCUGUUGCAGGGAGGACGGAUCCCAUCCCAAUUGUCGUCAAGUACGAUGUCAUGGGCAUGGGGCGCAUGGAGAUGGAGCUCGACUACGCCGAAGAUGCCACUGAGCGGAGGCGUGUACUGGAGGUGGAGAAAGAAGACACCGAGGAGCUGAGGCAGAAGUACAAGGAUUAUGUGGAUAAGGAGAAGGCGAUCGCCAAGGCUUUGGAGGACCUCAGAGCCAACUUCUACUGCGAGCUCUGCGACAAGCAGUACCAGAAGCACCAGGAGUUUGACAACCACAUCAACUCCUACGACCACGCUCACAAGCAGGAAAGAACUCAGGAUUAUUGCGAAACAGGGACAAUAGACGAUGUAUUGAAAGCAAACCCUUCUAAUUUCGGAGCCCAGAUCACACGAAGGUUGAAAGAUCUCAAGCAGAGGGAGUUUGCUCGUAACGUCUCCUCAAGAUCACGGAAGGAUGAACGGAAGCAGGAGAGGGCCCUGCGGCGUCUGCACGAGCUGGCCGAGCAGCGGAGGCAGCCCGAGUGCGCUCCGGGAAGCGGCCCCAUGUUCAGAACCACCACUGUGGCUGUGGACGAGGAAGGUGGGGACGACGAUGACGCUGCGGCCAACAGCAGCUCUUUCACCCAGUUGUCGGGCCCAGGCGGGGAGAUGGGCACAGACAGGGGUUUCCUGAAUGUGGGGCAGGGUGGUGGCGGUGCCGUGCCAGGCCAGGCGCCCCUGCAGGCAGCACAAGCCGUCAGCUUUGGCAUUAAGGGCGCGUUGGGAACCCCGCUGCAGAAGAUCGGUGUGUCGUUUUCCUUUGCCAAGAAGACCCCGGUGAAGCUGGAGACCAUCGCUUCGGUUUUCAAGGACCACGUGGAUGAAUCGAGUUCUGCAGAUGGAGCAAAAGCUGAUGAGAAAGGGUCCUCGGAUGGAGGGGGCCUGCAGAAAGCUGGAGAGGGUGAAAGCACAAACAAUUCCGAUGGCAAGGCGGAUGACGACGACCAUGACAAAGACAGCGGGUCUCUGGCCACCACGCUGUCUAAACUGAAAAAGAUGAGGCGAGAGGACGGACCGACGGCGGUUGAACCAGAGUACUACCAUUAUAUCCCCCCAGCCCACUGUAAAGUAAAGCCCAACUUCCAGUUCCUGCUUUUCAUGAAGUCCACAGAACAAACAGAAGCUGAAAACGUGAACAAAAAAAACACAAAUGAAGUCAGAAAGGGAAAUUCCCCCAAACCCAAACCCAGCAAGCAGGCGGAGAAGGCAGCGGAGAGCACGGUGCAGCCAAAGGAGCAGAGUGCACCCGAAAGCACUUCCCAGCAGGGCAAGGCAGAGCAGAAGGAAGCCCCAGAAGAUGUGAGUGUGCAGGAGAGCAAGAGCGCGGCAGAGAGCGGCCUGCCUGAGCCAGGCGUGCCCGGCGAUGCUGCCCAGCCUGCCCCGAGCUGUAAGGACGUCCCAGAGGGGCCCAGGCCGCCGCCGGGGCCCUUCAUUCCAGUUCUGAGUAAGGACGAGAGCACCACUCUGCAGUGGCCUUCGGAGCUCCUCAUAUUUACCAAAGCGGAGCCGUCUGUUUCCUACAGCUGUAAUCCUCUGUACUUUGAUUUCAAGCUCUCCCGCAACAAAGAUGCAAAAGGCAAAGGGGCUGAGAAAUCCAAGGAUCCGGGUGGGCUGUGCAGGGAGAACAUCCAGAGCGCAGAGUUCGGAGAGGUGAGCAAAGCCAAGGAGGCGGACAGCAGCACCGACGGUUCUGGGGGAGCGGAGAGCAGAUUGCUGCCCCAGGGCAAGCAGGAGGGCUGCCUGCAGGGCAAGGGCGAGGGCGAGGGUGAGGGUGAUGAGAGUGGGAGGAGCGGAAGCGGCCGGGGUAAAGCUGGCAAAUCCCACAAGCACAAGAAGAAAAAGAAGCACAAAAAGUCCAGCAGGCACAAACGGAAACACAAGGAGGAGCCCGAGGAAAAGAGCCGCAAAACCGACCUGGGCGAGGAGAAACCCCGGAAACGGAGACGGCACCGGCACAAAAAAGUGAAAUCUUCUCUUUCUACCGAAUCGGAGCGGGCGCUGAAGGCGGAGCUGUCCGAGGAGUGCGGCCACUUCCAGAAGAAGAAGCGCUGCUCGCAGGAGUCGCAGAGGAAGUCUCUGUCGGCAGAGGAGGGCAGCAGUGGGAAAAAGGAGGACAGCGGUGCCUCGUGCCCCGAGCACGGCCCCAAGAAGCGCAGGGCUGCACGCCGGCGGUGCCUGGGGCCGCGCCGCAGCCGGCGGAGCAGCGGGGAUGAGGACGACAGCGACGAGGGCUCCCAUGGUAAGCGCUCGCAGUACAGCGACGACUACGGGUCGGGCAGCGAGCGCUCACAGAGCCGCUCCGCGUCGGGGCGCGGGCACUCGUCGCGGCGGUCCUACUCCAGCAGCUCCGACGCCUCAUCCGACCGCAGCCGCUACAGCCGCCGCAGGAGCUACUCCGACAGCUACAGCGACUACAGCGAGCGGUCGCGGUGCUCCAAGCGCUCGCAGGACUCGGAGGACGACUCCGACUACAACAGGUCGAAGCGGCGUAAGUACUCCUCUUCUGAGGACUACAGCUCGAGCCGCAGCAGGUCGAGGAGCCGGAGCAGGAGGUCGAGGACGCGCAGCCGGGGCCGGACACGGAGCAGCAGCUGCAGCCGCAGUCGCAGCAAGAGGAGGAGCCGCAGCGUGACGGGGCGCAGCUGGAAGCGCAGCCGCAGCUACAGCCGCGGGCGCAGCACCAGGAGCCACUCGCAGCGGUCGCUCUCCAGGAAGGGCUCCCGCGGCCACGAGAGCCCCGAGGAGAGGAGGUCGGGGAGGAGGGACUUCAUCAGGUCCAAGAUCUACCGCUCGCAGUCGCCGCACUACUUCCGGGCGGCGCGAGGUGAAGGGGCCGUGAAGAAGGAGGAUGGCAAAGGGGAGGAGCCCAGGGGGUCCCAGAACAGCAGCUCGGGCACCAGCCGUGCCUCCGAGGGUGACUGCAGCCCCGAGGAGAGGAACUCCGUCACCGCUAAGCUGCUCCUGGAGAAGGUCCAGUCCCGGAAGGUGGAGAAGAAGCCCUGUGUCGCUGAUGAGAUGCUGGCGGGGGCCGGCAAGGUGGGCAUCAAGCUCAAAGACCCUCCGCAGGGCUACUUCGGCCCAAAGCUCCCUCCUUCUCUGGGCAACAAGCCCGUUCUGCCCUUAAUUGGGAAACUGCCGACCGUGCGAAAGCCCAACACCAAGAGGUACGAGGAGUCCGGGAUGGAGAGGGGCGAGGAGCUGUCGGAUUCCGAGGGGGCGGAGGAUGCGCCGCUGGGCGGGCAGCCGCUGCUGGGGGACGCGGCGAUGGGGCUGCAGGACGCGGCUCUGGAGGAGCAGAAGCGUGAGGAGGAGAUGCCCUCCGUUCCCCUGGAGGCGCCGGCGCUGCCCGAGUGCUUCAGCUCCGGGGACCUGGUGCUGCCCCACGCCUUCCUCGCGGCCCCGGGCGAUGGGGAGGCGCUGGAGCCCAUGGACGGGGGCAGCCAGCCCGUGCCCGUGGACACGGCCAUGAUGCCGCUGGUCCCCGACGUGGAGCACUUCCCUGGCUACGUGCCGCAGGGCGCCGAGCCCGGCAUGGAGGGGGACCGCGACGCAGGGGAGGACUCCUCGCUCGCGCCGCUGGAGAGCCAGCCCAUCACCUUCACGCCCGAGGAGAUGGAGAAGUACAGCAAGCUGCAGCAGGCGGCCCAGCAGCACAUCCAGCAGCAGCUCCUGGCCAAGCAGGUCAAGGCCUUCCCCGCCUCAGCCGCGCUGGCCCCCGCGGCGCCCGCCCUGCAGCCCAUCCACAUCCCGCAGCCGGCGGCCGCCUCGGCCACGUCCAUCACCACGGUGCAGCACGCCAUCCUGCAGCACCACGCGGCCGCCGCCGCCGCCGCCAUCGGCAUCCACCCCCACCCCCAUCCGCAGCCCCUCGCUCAGGUGCACCACAUCCCCCAGCCCCACCUGACGCCCAUCUCCUUGUCCCACCUCACCCACUCCAUCAUCCCGGGCCACCCCGCCACCUUCCUCACCAGCCACCCCAUUCACAUCAUUCCGGCCUCGGCCAUCCACCCGGGCCCCUUCACCUUCCACCCCGUGCCCCACGCGCUUUACCCGACGCUCCUCGCCCCACGUCCCGCUGCCGCCGCCGCCGCCACGGCGCUGCACCUUCACCCUUUGCUGCACCCCAUCUUCUCAGGGCAGGACUUGCAGCACCCCCCGAGCCACGGCACCUGAAGGGCGGGCGCGGAGCCGCUGUGGGGGACGGGUGUUGUGCUCGGGGGCGAAGCUGACCCAGCUGGAAGGUGAGGAUGGGAUUUACGUUCACUCUCGAGCAGCCAAAGAAACACGGAGGGGUCAGCGCGUGUAGGGCGCUCCAAUGGGACCGCCAGUGGGACAUCCAGUGGGACCUCCGAUGGGCUCCAGUCGGUCAUCUGAUGGCACCCCCAGAGGCCUCUGAUGGGACAUCAUCCAGUGGGGCCUCCAAAGGCCUCCAAUGGGACCUCCAAUGGGCUCCAGUGGAACAUCUGAUGGGAUCUGCAGUGGGCUCCAAUGGGAUAUCCAAUUGGACUCCAGGGGGACCCCCAGUGAGACAUCCAAUGGACUCCCAGUAGGACAUCCAACGGGCUCCAGUGGAACACCUGAUGGGAUCUACGGGGGGCUCCAGCGUGGCAUCCAUUUGGACUCCAGUGGGACCCCGGAGGCUCCAGUGGCACCCCCAGGGGGCUCCAAUUGGACUUCAGUGGGACAUCCAAUGAGCUCCAAUGGGACUCCACUGGGCUCCGGUGGGACAUCUGAUGGGGCUUCCAAAGGGUCCAAUGGGAUCUCCGAUGGGCUUCGGUGGGACAUCCGAUGGGACUCCAGUGGGACAUCCGAUGGGUGCCAGUGGGACCCCCAGUGGGACAUCCAGUGGGUUCCCCCAUGGGACGCGCGGUGGACCCACACUCCUCCCGGCCGUCCCCACAGCUCCGUGCGGCGCUGGGCCUCCACGACCCCCAGCUGUUGGAGGGGCUCCUCCCAGGAAGGCCCCCAGCCCCACGGCUGCCCAUGGGGUGGAGCUGCAGAGGGCGGGAGGAGCGCUGUGCCCAUCCCCCGUUAAUUUAUAGGAUAUCUCUAUUUUUGUUUAACGUACAGAAUUGCACUGAGGGCGGGGGGGGGGGCGCGGGGGGUCGGGUCGGGGUGUUGGGGACCCACUGCUCGUUAACCUCCCGCUGCUUAACGAGCGCUGCCGGCCUGUAUUUAACUGUGUCACAUAAGAGAGAUAUAAAUAUAUAUAUAUGCUGUACAAUGGGGGGGCUUUCUAAUAAAGCGACGGUUUGUGGAA